AUGUAAUAGGACUAAAAUCAAGGAAUAGAUAAUUAGAUGGCUGAUAAGGAAAUGACUUCUUAAGAACAUCUCUUAGAAUAAUAGAAGAAAUUUAGAAACUUGGAAUCUGAUAGGAAGGCAUAUGCUGAAGAAACAGUUGCAAACAUUAAAAAAUAACGAGGAAUUAUUGACAAACUAAAGAAUGAGAAUUAUAUUUUAAAGGAUUUGAUAGCUAAAAUGAAUUCUUAAAAACUUUAAUUAAAUUAAACAACAUAUUCUAAAGGACCUAAUAUUGAUACUAUUAUUGAUGAUUUGAAAGUAGCAAUAAAUGAAGAAAAGAAAUAAUAAGAAGAAAUUGAUACUCAUGUUGCUGAUUUUUAAAAAAAGAUAAUAGAAAAAAGACAUGCUCUUGGUGGUUAUAAUGCAGGAGCAGAAAAUGAAAGUGCAUUAUAAAAAUAAAUAAAGAUUUUGGAAAAUAGAUUAGACAAAACAAAUCAAAAAUUUAAUGAAGCUAUAGCUAUUAAUAAAUAAUUAAGAUAAUAGAUUGAUAGUUUAAGAAGAGAACGUGUUAUUUUUGAUAAUUUAUAUAAAAAAUUAGAGAAAGAAUUGCAUGAAAAAAGAAAAGUAAUAAUUUUAGAUCUAUUAUUAUUAGGAAAUGGCAGAUAUUAUAGAGACUGCUAAUACAGCAUAUGAAGAAAGAGAUAAAGCUAAUGAUUUAAUUUAAAGUUUGAAAUAAUAAGCAAAAAGAGAAUCUGCUGAUUUUGAAAAAGAUUUAAGAGAAUUAAGUUAAAUUAUGGAAAAAAAUAAGAAAACUUUAGAUUAUAUGAAAUUAACAGAAAAGAAUAGAGAAAUGGAUACUCAAGAAGUAGUUGAUCCUGAAAAAUUAACUAAACCAAAAACUACCAAAUUAACUAGAGAUAAAACAGUAAAUUAAACUAUUGUUGAAUAAAUUAUGAAAUAUGAAGAAGAUUUUGCUAAAAUAUAAGCUGCAACUUAAAUUAAGGUUUUUGAUGAAUUAAUCAAAAUUUUCAUUUAAAAUGAAGAAAAGGUAUAUUAAAAAUUUAUUGAUGUUAUUAGAAUUUUCAAAUGUUUAAAUAUGUCAAUGAAUUGAGUAAUGAAAUUGAAGAUCUUGAAAAAUAAAUAGGAGAAUUAAAAGAAGAAGCAUCUUAAUAUGAAGGAUAAGGAUCAAAUGUAGAUGUAUAAAGAAAAAGACAUUUAAAAGAUUUAGAAGAAAAAUUAUCUAGAGCUGAAUCAAAAUCAGAAUAAUAUGAAUUUAAAUACAAUGAAUCAUUAAAAUUAAUUAAUAGUUUAACUGUAUGAGUAUUAAUUUGAAUAAUAGAAUUGGAUUGAAACAUUAUUUAAUACUGUUGAAUGUGAUAAAUAAAUGGCAACUGAAAUUGCUGGAUCUCAUGGAGUUACUGACACUAAUAUGAUGAUAUAUUUAGGUUUAAUAGAAAAUAAAACAAAUAAAUUAUUGCAAUACUAUUAGUAAAUUCAUCAAAAAAUAUCAGAAAAUUAAAUUAACUCUUUAUAAUAAUUAGCAGCUAUGAAUGAGAAAAAUUUAUAAAAUAAAAAUAGAGCUGAAUUACCAUAAUUUGGUAUUCUUAUUUCAUUUAUAUUAGAUGAACAUGAAGAAGAUGAUAUAGAAGGAGAUAAAAUUUUAUCAGUAGAAGAAUUUAAAAAAAAAGCAUUAGAAAAACUAGAAGUAUAAUAAAUAAUCUAUUAUAGAAAUAAUAGAAUUAAACUAAAAAUAAAAGAUCUGGUCCAAAUAAAUUAAGAAAAAAUAAAUGA